UAGUAUAGUAUUUCAUCCAAAAACACCUGUAAAUCAUUGCGUUUUGCUAUUUGACUGUAUUAUUACAACAGUAAUCAAUUACUGUUCACUAUUCAUUGCUUUUCGCACACACACUUCUCAAUGCUACAACUGUUAAUCCAUUACUUUUACCUACUUUCAACUCUUAUUAUGCCAUUACUACAUUUACUGUUUAAUAGAUAUUGCCCCUUUUGUGCACACACCGGCUUCAGUCCAAUUAUGCCUGGUUGGGGACAAUGUAGUCUCCUAUCUCUACCAUCUCCACGUGGUCAUUGUCAGUCACUGAGACAUAUCUCUCAUCCUUUUUCUCUCCCCAGUGAUGGUUCUGCUAAUUGUGACGAUGCGUCGGAGGAGGAAGGAGCCUCUGAUCCUCGAGGAGGAGCGGGACAUCAGGGAGAACAUCGUCCGCUACGACGACGAGGGCGGGGGAGAGGAGGACACCGAGGCCUUCGACAUGGUCACCCUCCGCAACCUGAACGUCAUCAGAGACCCCAAUGUGCGGCGAGACGUCACGCCAGAUACUCCCAGCUUCUUUCAUUACCCAUCAGCCCCUCGCCCGCCCUAUAAAUCCCUCCCAGACAAUGUGGUGUUUCGAGAGUUCAUUUGGGAGCGGCUGAAGGACGCUGACGUGGACCCGUCAGCUCCCCCGUACGACUCGCUGCAGACGUACGCCUUUGAAGGCAGCGGCUCGGUGGCAGAGUCGCUAAGCUCACUUGAGUCGCUAAGUACAGACUCAGACCAGAACUAUGACUAUCUCAGCAACUGGGGACCACGCUUCAAAAAGCUGGCCGACCUGUACGGCAACAGCGACGGCACCAGUGUCUUCUCGUAGCCCUUAAACGUCUCUCUUAACAUUUAUGAAUAUGAGUAAUUUAUUGUCAGAGAAAGUGGUAUUUGUCCGCCGCAGCGCACCGGAGGAAACGAUUCAAAGACAAACACAGGAGAGAGUGAGAGACAAACACUUUCACAUCAAAAAGGUUUUUGGUUUGUUUACCUCCUUGUAUGGAUUCUUUUCAGGCGCGUGCCGUGGUGGGUUUUGACACGGACUUCAAAAAGUGGCGUGAGUGAGAAGGAAACCUUGUGUGCAAGAGACAUUAAAAGGUUCCAGAUUUUGGGCUCGAGUCCAGCCUCUGACUGCAGAAUGCAAACAUGUUGGAGUAUUUAUAUGGGGAGGCACCUGUCGUUUCAUUCCAGCGAUGGGCACGGGCCCAGCACUUUUGCUUUGAUGCAUUCCUUUGCGAUCUUUGUGCUUAAAAAAAACCCAAAAAAACCAAGAAAAAAUAAACAAAAACUAAAGUCCCUCAUGGAAUGCUGUGUCCCCGGUGGCUAAUCAGUAUUCACUUGAUUGUUCUCAUGACGUUUCACGACAACUAUUUUGAUUUUUCUGCUUUGUUUCUGGUUUAGUGGGGCAGGGGAACGGGUCCAUUUUUUUUAUACAUAUUAUUCAUGGACAUAACCUGUCAACGUGAUACGAAAAGUGCACCCGCACAUAUAAAAGUAUAAACAAGUAGUAGAUGUGCUAAGGAAGUGAUGUGAAGGCAUAAGUUGUGCAAAAAGUGUAUAAAGAAUGACACGCCGGUGUCAGAUUGAUGUCUUCAGUGGGUGAAACAGGAAAGGCAUAUGAUUUUUUUUUUCUUAUUCUCCUAACAGUACAUUUUGCAGAUGUUUGCAAUGUAGUGUUCGUCUGAGUCUGUUUUUUCUUUCCCUAUUUUUCUUCAAUUGCAAAACAAAAAAAAGGUCCAAUGUAUGAUUUCUGAGCCGAGUUCUGCUUUUGAGGGAAGCUGAUGGGAGGGGAGGGCGACAUCUGCUAUUUCACAAAGCUUCUCUGAAGGUUUCAUUCUUGUCGUGCUUGAUUGCGAAAAUCACGCCACAUAGACACUAGAGAAAAAAAAAAUAUAAAGGAAAUAAAAAAAAAAAGUUUCUGAACAGCAGUGGCAGUCCUUACCUGGGUGAAGUUGCAGUUUGUAAGUAAAUGAAUUCUUUGCUUCUGUAGCUUGCCGAGUCCAACAUGUAUUGUCAUUUAAAAAGGAAACCAAUAAUGUUCAUGAUAUGUUCAGUGGCGGCGAAAGGACACACUGUAUGAUAACCAUAUUGUGCCAAUUUUUUUCGUGUCGACAUGUACAACUGAGAUGUAUUAUUAUUAUUUAUUUUGAAGAGGCAGAAAUGUGCA